AGAGAAGAGGGAAGGAGCCGGAGGAGGGGGGUGCAGAGAAAGUUGGGAGGAAAUAGCCCAGGAAAAGUGACACUCGCGGAGCUCGCCGGAGCGCGGAGGAAAUAAAAGCGGCGGCGGGCAGGAAGUGUAAGGAGGAGGAGGAAGGAGAGAAGAAGAAGGAGAAGGAGGAAGAAGAAGAAGAAGCAGCAGCAACAGCAGCCGCCGCAGCAGCAGCAGCAGCAGCCGCCGCUGCCGCCGCGGCAGAAGAGAAAGCAAAAGCCGUACGCCGGCUCGGUGCCGCCUGGCCCGGCAUCCGCGGGGCUGCGCGCCGCGGCCAUGGCCCGGGAGAACGGGGACGGUGGCAGCUCGUGGAAGAAGCAGGCGGAGGACAUCAAGAAGAUCUUCGAGUUCAAGGAGACGCUGGGGACGGGUGCAUUCUCUGAAGUUGUUUUGGCUGAAGAGAGAGCGAGUGGGAAACUCUUUGCAGUCAAGUGCAUUCCCAAGAAGGCACUGAAGGGGAAGGAAAGCAGCAUAGAGAAUGAAAUUGCAGUCCUGAGAAAGAUCAAGCAUGAAAAUAUAGUUGCCCUGGAAGACAUCUAUGAGAGUCCAAACCAUUUAUAUCUGGUCAUGCAAUUAGUGUCUGGGGGAGAGCUUUUUGACCGCAUUGUUGAGAAGGGAUUUUACACCGAGAAAGAUGCCAGCACCCUGAUCAGGCAGGUCCUGGAUGCUGUCUACUACCUACACCGAAUGGGCAUCGUGCACAGGGACCUCAAGCCUGAGAACCUGCUUUACUACAGCCAAGAUGAAGAGUCAAAAAUCAUGAUCAGUGACUUUGGACUGUCAAAGAUGGAGAGUAAAGGAGAUGUGAUGUCCACAGCCUGCGGGACUCCUGGCUAUGUUGCUCCUGAAGUGCUGGCCCAGAAACCCUACAGCAAAGCUGUGGACUGCUGGUCCAUUGGGGUCAUUGCAUACAUCCUGCUCUGCGGUUAUCCCCCUUUCUAUGAUGAGAAUGACUCCAAACUCUUUGAGCAGAUCCUUAAGGCAGAGUAUGAGUUCGACUCUCCGUAUUGGGAUGACAUCUCUGAGUCAGCUAAAGAUUUCAUUCGGAAUUUGAUGGAGAAGGACCCUAAUAAAAGAUACACCUGUGAGCAAGCAGCACGGCACCCUUGGAUUGCUGGUGAUACAGCACUCAACAAAAACAUCCACGAGUCAGUCAGCGCUCAGAUCCGGAAGAACUUUGCAAAAAGCAAGUGGAGACAAGCGUUUAAUGCCACAGCAGUGGUACGGCACAUGAGGCGGUUACACCUCGGCAGCAGCCUGGACAGCGCCAGCGCCAGCGUGUCCAGCACCCUCAGCCUUGCUGCGCCACUUCCUGAGGCAGCCACACGGAAAGAUUGUAUGUCUCCAUCCACUCUCUGUAGUUUUGUUUCAUCUGCUUCUUCAGGCGUUUCUGCAGUAGGAGGAGACCGGAGACCCAGACCCACCACAGUGACCACAGUGCACACAGGGAGCAAGUGAAGGCUGGGGCGGCGAGGAGCGUGCAGGCGGCUGGGCUGGCAGGUUGCCUCUGCGCCAUCCCACCCUGCAGUGCACGCUCAGCGAAGGACUAGAAGAAAGAAGAUUUUUUAUGGCCAUAUUUUAUACUGCAAUUCUGAAAUGUUUCAUUUAUCACAAACUGCAAUGACUCCAGGGGAAACGGAUCUAACAGUCUCUAACGGUGCUGUACAUAUAUAUACAUAUAUAUAAAUAUAUAUAUAUAUAUAUAUGUGAGUCUAGCAAUGCUCUAACUAAUGAACAUUCAUUCUUUUCCCCCAUGAUUUACUUUUUUUCUCAGUGUAGGCAACCAUAUAUGUUGUAUUAUUUUUUUCCAUUAACUGCAAACAUCUCAAAUGGAUUAUUUAAAUAGAGAUGCUUUUCUGAGCAUUUUUUUGUUCCUUUUAAGAAGUACUUCCAGUAAUGUCCCUCCUUCCAGUUUGCUGGGGGAUAGGCUAUUUCUGUAGGUAGGAAUUGAUGUUAAUUGUGCAACAUGGGAGGAUUUCAAUGGCAUGCCAUUUCUUACUCCUCAAAUUGGACUGCAAGACUGUCUGGCUUUAGCAGAGCUGUUACUGCUCAGAUUAAGUAACUGCUGCUUUGCCUACCCUCCUCCAUGAAAGCCAUGGUGAGAGUUAAAUUGCCACCAGCUGGGAGUCAUUUCAUCCUUAUCCUCAUUCCUGUAGUGCUGGGGAUCUGCAGCACCCAUGUUUCAGAGGAGAGGCAGAUACAUGGUGCUGCUGAUCAGGAGCCAUCUAGAGCCGAGCAAACGGAAUGAGAGAGCAUGGUCUCAUCUUGCAGCUCCCAUCUCCUUCAAGUUGCUGUGUGUGUUAUAAGCAGAGUGAAAGAAAAGGAAGAUGUGAGACCAGGAGUACAAUAACUCUCUGUAUUGCCCUCAAGCAAGACAUUUAAUCCACUAGUCUUCUCCCAGCCUGGCCUCUGGCACAGGGCAUAUUCAGUCCAAGGGCUCUGUGCCAGAGAUGCUGAGCACCUGCAGCUCUCAGGGCUUUGCUCGGUGUUGAUGAUGCUCAGCACCUCCUAGAGUGGCCAAAACUCAGUUUGGACCUUAUGUCUAUUUCUGGGUCUCAGCCUCAGGGAGAGGGCUGAUGCUUGCACUCCUCUGUGGCAGGUUCUUAGGAGCAAAGUUCAGGAUCUUGUGUAGCAUGACUCCAUCAUGCUUAGCUCUGACCAAGUGCUGGAGAGGACCACUGACGUGGGGAAGCAAGGUCUCAGUGAAAGGCGUGAGCAUAUGGAGGGUCAGCAGUGACACUUGCCUCCCCCUCCUCCAGAAGCUCAUAUACAAAAGUAAGAUCAAUCUCUCCAUUUCCUUAAUUACUAAAUAUGUGCACUUUCCAGGCUCCACGUGCUGGUGCAUCAAUUAGGAAGAGCCACCAUGACUGUCACACAUCCAGGCAUCAAAUCAGCUUGAAACAGAGAGGAAAGCAAAUCUGCCUGGAUUUGCCAAGGGGCUUCAAGUUACUUCUAUGCCAUUCUCAGCUGUGAUUUUCCUUUGAAAAGGAGAGAAAGGGGGCAGAGGCAAGCACCCUCUCCAGCUACUCUGAGCCUCCCACACCCCAGACAGGGCCAUCCGCUGACAGAGGCACAAGUGGUUCCCUGCAGCUAUCUCAACUGCCAUGCUUGCAUCAUCUAUACUGCACAAGAAAUGGUGAAAGCCAAACACAGACACAGAUGAAUGUAUGAGGCAAUAGUGACCAUGCUGGGAGAAAAACCAUAAAAUACAGAUAUUUUUUUUUAUCAUUGAGAAGUCAAAAUCUUGCUUCAGCUUCAGUCAGUUGAUCUCAGCUGGCAGAAUCAGGAUUUCAUCUCUUGUACUUUGAGUACUAAAAGCUGAAAAAGCAGAUCCAGACUGGUUGAUUCUAUGACAGUGAGCACUAACUUUGAAGUGGCUACUCCUUUGGUGGAACAUAAAGCCGUUGCACCACAUAGAUCUUUGCUUUCCUUGUUAUUAAGCAACUCCCCAUUUUUGGAGGGCUGUGGCACAUCUAAGUGAGCCCCUGGGACCCACGAUGCCUCCCAUCAUGUUGCAACUGGUAUGGAUGCUAACACAGAAAGGCUUCAACUCCAGCUUCUCAUUUUGGCAAAGAUGGCAGGUAUUGGUCUCAUGGGAGCUGGUAGCAAAGCUUCAUAGAAUUUCCCUAUGGUGAGAACUUCAGACCAAGAUUUGGGCAGACUGCAGAGCAGGGGAUCUCCUUGCUGCAAGUCACACUGCUGACCCCAUCCCCUGGCCGUUGCCACCACGUACUCCCACCACACUGAGAGAGUAGGAAGAAUUUUAUCAGCAUUUACCAUUGGAGUUACUUAUCUCUUGCUUAUACUUAUAUGAGUAUAAUACAAUUUUAACACUUUUGAAGGCCACUUUAUUAUGCCAGCCUGAGUAAGGAAACUUUAGUUUAGGAGAGACUUCUAUACCAAGAAAUUGAGGCCCUUUCGAACCCACAAAAACUCAACAGAUCUAUUCUGCUCCAGUUGCAGGAAUAUAAAUAGGCAGUCUGCCGCUUUGGGGUCAGUGGAGUGAUCCAUUUUACACACAGGCAACCAAAAGCAGAUUCAGUCAGGGAAUAUUUUUGUCCUUGCACAGUUGUUUCAAAGAUUGGGGCUCAUAUGUUCCCUCUUUGCCUGCUCUUCUGAAACCUGAGGUUUGGUUUGAACAUGAUGUAGUUGCUGAGGGCACUAAUCAAAAUACAGCAUCUAAACAUCGUCUUGCAGGAAAAAAGCAAAGUACAUGGAUUUCCACCUGCAAAACCAAGAGCAGCAACAGGAGCAAAGGCAGACAGGCUGUCCUGCAGCUGAAGGUGGAUUGCCUGCCCCUCACUGCUGGAUGCUUUCUGUGGUUUUUGUUGGGAGGGGUAUUCUUUCCUUCCACACUUGAAAUCGCAAUUACUUGCUUCCCUUCCUGCAAGUAAUAUUCUGAUGUAGUUGUGUAAUUUAUCAUCAUUCUUUUUGGCUUGCUAUCAGCUGCUGGGAUCUUAAGAAACAGAAGCUCUUAAAAGCAAAAUUGUUUCUUUGUGGUACAGUUUUGGAUGGUGGGAAGCUCUACUUUUGCAUCAGUGAAACACAGCUGGAGACCUGACUGGGUGUUCAUCAUAUGCUUAGAGAUCUCUUUCGUCAUUGAGUCCUGAAGUUUCUCUUGAUUAAAAGCUCUCAUUAUAAAUCUGGGUAAAUCUGUUGACUGGGAUGACUUAGCAGCACGCAGAUCAGAUUUAUGGAGGGGACUGGAGCUGUUUGCCUCUUGGCAGCACAGUAUGGUCCAGCAAAUACUGCAGCAUCACUUGCUGGGCAUGCUCCAGUGCUGUUGCAUGUCCUUCUGCCCUAAUCCACCUUUGCUCUGACACUCUUUCAUGCGAUUGCAAAACCAGGAGUAAAUCACGUGUGCAUGUGGGGAAUGGGCUUCUAGCCCCAAAGUAGAACAUUCCAAACAAAUGUUCAACUGGUUUUGUCAUGAAGGAGUAGAUACAAAUCCCUCUGGGCUCUUUCCCAAUGGACUGUCCUACUAAGCAGUGUGUGAUUUGUUCCUUAUAUGAGGAUUUCAGCCUGGACUCACCUGUCUGUUACCCUUUUCUGCUUUACUUUACUGGCACCUAUGUGUUUUUCCCUUGUAACUUGUUUUCCUCAGCUCCUUCCCCUUCUUUUUCUUUGCUUGCAGCUUUGAUUGUUGAUUUUUACCUCCAGAGUCACAGAGGCCAUCUCUGAUGCCAACAGCAGUGCACUUGCUGGGGAAAAAAAAUCCAGAACACCUCCAGCUGGCCCAUUAGCCUGCAGAAGAAGCUGUGAGCACAGGUUACCAGUGAACUCUGCGAGUUGAAAGUCAGUUUCACAGUGGCAGGGGCUUCUGCUGAUGAUUUUGCAUGUGACUUCAUUCCCAGUGCACCCUAACUUCCUGCUGAAUCACCUUUUCUGCAGCACGAAAUGGAUAUUGGCCCCACGGCACAGCUAGUGGGGAAGUAGGAGUAUGGGGAAAACCUAGCAGUGAUGCUUUCCUGAGACUGUGUUACUCUGCUGGUGAUGUGUCUUCUGUCCUGGUUGCUACUGUACAGGUGUCAUUAGAGUAGUGGGUGCAGAAAAAAGAAGUAGGAUAUUACCUAUGCCUUGUGUGUCUGUUAUGGUUGUGGUGCUGAAAUAAAAUCAAGAUUUGUUCCUGAUAAGAAUCAAACCACAACAAGGGUGUCAGCAUACUGGUGGAUAUCUCCAUGUAGUUCUGCAGUAGGCUUUAGACAGAGUUUCCACUGUGCAUGUGUCCUGCACACCUCCAUAGCUGUUGACAGUAUUUUUUCUACAACCACUUCUUCUGGACCAUGGUUUGGCCCUGAGGGACUUCAGAGCUUGCCCAAAGCUUUUCCCAGCCCCAGGAGCUAACACAGUCCCUGAUCUCUGUCUUUUCUCCACAAACCAUCUGCAGACAAGAACACAGACUGCCCGGGUGCUCAGGAAAUGCAGUGGUAGAUGGACCUGAGGCUGCCUCUUCCUAAGUGUUUUUAGAGAAGCAAACCCCCAUAGAAAGCCAGAUGGUUCCAGUUAUCCUUGGAUGUGAACAUGGUGGUAACUAGAUCAGAUGUAGGUGACUGUGCUAUCCCUCUGUGACAGCAGUUCCAGCCCUGAGCAGAGCUGGGUGAGCACAGCAUAAAAACACCAGAUUGACCUUGCUGACAAGUUCAGUGUAGACCAUAGCCUGUUGCUUUAUGCUCUUUCCAUAGGGUCAGGGGAUUCAUCUGCUGGCAAACUAACAGAUUCUAUUCUCAGCCCCACAGUAUGGAAGUAUCUUCCCUUCAGCACAUUGAAAUUCUCAUUUAAUGGGAUUAUUUACAUCCUCGCUCCCAUGUGCAUUUCUCUGCCUGAGUUGGAGCCUGAAUGCAUCCCAAAAAUGAUUCCUGGGAAGAGAAGUUUGCUUUCCUCAUCAUACUUACUUGCACCAGAAACUUGAUGUUAAGAAUUAGACUCAUUCAAGCAAAAAAGGCAGAAACACACAAAGACCAUGGAAUACAAGGAAAACAGCAUCAAGACCAGGAGGAUUGGUUGGCAAGUUGCCAUCAGCAGUGGCUGGGUGAGGAAAUGACUGGUCGCAAUGUGGCAUGAGCAGCGUUUUCCCUGCUGAAUCAGCCAUUCCCUUUCUUGCCCAGCAGCAAGUUUUACACAGUCCCUUCUGGCUUUCCAUGCAUCCCUGCCACUGUGUCCUGCCUUAUCCUGACUGCUGGAGUAGUCCAGUCUCUGUGACAAAUGUGUGUGUGUGUGUGUUCUAGCCCCAGGGACUGUAGAUCCCACCAGUGGGAGAUGAAGAGUUGGUUCAGGUUUUAUGGUCCAGCUUUGCAUGGUUGGGUCAAAGCUGUGUAAAUAGUGUUUGUAAUGAGGGAUAAAGGCUCUUUAGCCCAGACUCUGGUUUUCAAGACCCCUUCCUCAUCACGAACUGUGCCAUUGAUGUGUUCAGGUAGCUAUUUUUUUUCCACCUCUUCAUAAAUGAUAAGGUCACAAAAGCUGCUUUUGCAUUUCUUUUCCAUGCUCCAGAGUGGAAGUAGGGCAUGUGCGCUCAAAAGUGGUGUGAAAAAACACUUCUGAACUAGUGAUGACAUCAAGUGUCCAAUAAAUGCAUGAUGCUGCACUGCAUGUAUUAAACUGCUGUUCACUGUUUCUGUAUUUCCCAAGCCUUUUCUUUAUGCACAUUCAAGCCAACCUUUUCUUCAAGAGGUUUACUUCUAUGUUUUGCUUUUAAAUGACUCAGUGUGUCUGUGUCUCAAAGUCCAUCCUUAAGUUUGAGUAAAUGCAGAAGUCGGUGUUUCGUAAACAAGAUACUGCAAAGCCUAGUAAUCUAUUUUGUCUUUCUGUUGAGUGUUCUGCAGCAUGUACAGGAAGAGUCACCAUCCAGAGCAGCUUAAAACUAUGCAGCAGUCAAAUACACACAUCUAGAAACAGAGAAUUGGGGAGGGAUUGGGGAGGGGAGAAUCCCUUUUUUUUUUUUUUAAAUACAAUGCUUAAAAAUUUGAUCUGCACUGAAAAUUCCUUUCCUGGGGUGCUAACACUCAGGACUACCAAGCAGCACGUUGGUGUGUCUCUUUAGGUUUUCUCUUUUCUUUUGGUUUGUUGUUCUUACUCAAAACUUAGACCAGUUCACUCACUUCUUGGCAUUUUUCUCUUCCUAUGUAGUAUUUCUUUUUCACCUGUCACAGAAUGAGCUGCUUUCUGGGGACCAAGAUGCUGUGAUUCUUUGCCUGCAUGAAACAGGGCAUAGAGCUGAGCUAAUUAUCCCAUCCUUUCCAGAGCAUUACCACAUAAAUACCAGCAGUUAAUCCUGGAGCCUCCACGCAGUACCACCAUUUCAGUAUGGAAGAGUUUGGUGUGGUACUUUCCUUCUUCCACAUGGAAAUUAUGCCAUUGUCUUCUCUUCCCUUAAGCAUUGAUCCAUUUUCAUUUUUGCUGGUCUUUCGAAGGCAGGGUACACGAUGCCCACAUGGUACUUGUGGUUCCAGCCCAUGGGCAUUGUUGCCACCUCCUAAGUUGUUCCUGUGUUAGCAUGAAAGAUGCUCAGAUUCCCAAUAUUUGAAGCAGAGAACCUGAAAGGGCUGGGAAAUCACUCUGGGUUCCUGGCAAAGCCAUGCCAUGCAGCAGGGCUGGAGAGAAAACACCAUGCUGGUGGCAUGCAGAGCAAAUAUCAGUCCUUGGAAAUCAUGCAAGGGAUUGCUCCGUGGUGGCUGAAAGCACCAAGAAGUCUUGAGCCCUCCUUCAAGGCUGGUGCUCAGCCAGGAUGCUGUGCCAUUGCCAAAGUGCUGCAUGGCACCAUAAAAAAUCAUCAUGGACGUAAACCAGCCUGCGGUCAGAUUGCUGAGACAGCAUGUGGUGCAAGGCUCCAAAAGGAGAUGGAUGUGAGCUGCAAUUCUUGGUGAGUGGGAGCUCCUAGGGGAGUGCUCAGGGUAGCUCUGAGCUAUUUCAUCUCUCAUUUGCAUGCCCAGAGCCCAGCAUGACAUCACACAUGCUAUGUCUCACUAGAUCAAGCCAUAGCAUGAGCCCUAAAGUGAAGAUUGUGGAAAGCUGUAGCUCAGUGGGAGAUAUGUUGUGACUCGUUUCUGGUCAAUGCAACAUCAACACCCUGUUAUAUACAUUGACCUCUAGUUGAGAAACAGCAUUUUGGUCAGUUUGGCCCUUUUUUAAGAUAGGUACUCCAUUUGGGUCAGUGAAAAAAAUGAAAAGAAGCCCAAUCUGCCCAGAUCAGUGACUCCCCAAAUAUCCCCAACUGCAAAACAUCUCUCAGUUGACUUUCAAUGAAACUGUAAGCAUGUUUUCUACAAAGGCUUAACGCUUAAUCAAGGAAUGUCAGUGUGCCUAAUAUUGCAGGUCUUGUGAUUGGUACAAGCAUCCGUGUUCAAACAGAAGGGAGAAUGUGUAUUUACUCCAUGCAUGUAUUAAGGCAUUGCAAAAGUUUUAUCUGCAUCCUGAGUUUGCAAUACUGCAAGUUGUUAAUGGGGCUACGUCGCAAGUGGUUCUCUGCCUUGACAAUCAUGUAUACAUAUCGAGAUUUCUAUCAUAAUGACAAUUUAAAGAGAUGACUAAUUGUUUUCCUCCAAUAAAUCCAAUUAAAUCA